AUGUAAAAAUUUAAAUUUCUACUUUUAUUAAUAAUUUAUUUAUCUUUUUUAUUCGUUGAAAUUUUUACUAAAGAUUUGCAAUUAACUUUUACAUUUUAAAACAAAUUUUCAAUCAAUUAAAAAAACAUUUAUAAACAUUUAGAAUAGUUGUAAUUAUUAAUCUUAUCUAUUAAAAUGGAUUUUUCUUAACUAGCAUAGAUAACAUAAAAAAAUAUUAAAGACUGGGGCAAAGAAGAAAUUUAAAAAUGGUGCGAUUUUAUUAACUUGCCUCAAUAUAAAUAGGUUUUUGGAGAGCAUGUAGUAACAUCUAAAGACUUAUUGAAGUUGGAUUAGUAUAAAAUAGAAAAUAUAUUAGGCAUCAAACCUGCUUUGCAUGUAAAGAAAAUAUUAAAGUGGGUUGAAAUAAUAUUUUACAGCUAUUAGUCAUAUUAUGAAAGCAAAAUAGAAUCAACAGUUUCAUACAUGAUACUAUAUCCUUAGUAAACAUUAAACAAAAAGUAUCUAAGAGUUGCGUAUGAGCUAUGUGAAUCAAAUUUAAAAAUAGGCAGUGCGAAAAGUUGCCAUGUACAUCUUGAUGGAAAAGAUAUAAAUUAAAGACACGCUGAAAUAAAAUUUAGGAAUGGGAAGUACCUUUUAUAAGAUCUAGGGAGUCUCUAUGGAACUUAUGUUAAAAUUAGGGAAAUAGAAUUAAAAAAGGGCACUAUAUUUAUGAUUGGAAGCUAAAUAAUAGAAGUUGAAAGUUUAACAAACGAGAGAGCCUUUUCAAUGGCAGAUUAAUUUCAUAAAAAAUAAAGAUAGGUUUUGGAUUUAUUUGGAAAGCAAUAAUUAGAAGAAAUGAAAGAGUUUGAAAUCACAAAAUAGCAGGAAGAAGAGAGUCAUUCAAUAAUUUCAUAAAAUGACUAAACAAUCGAUAAUAAUAUUAAUAGUUUAUAAUUUGAUGAUGAACUCUUUAUGAGCUUUAAGAAAUAUAACUACUUGAGUUUUGAUUAAACAUAAUCUCAUUUUAAUUUAUAAUUUGACUCUACUAAAAUAAACUCAUAUACAAUAGGUAGAAAAAAAAACAAUAGUCUUCCUUUUGCAAAUGACUUAGAAAUGAGCGGAAAUCAUGCUAUUAUAGUUUAUGAAAACAGUAAAAUAUAUUUAAGAGAUAGAGAAUCUAAAAAUGGGAUAUGGUUACGAUUGAGUCCAACUGAGAAAAAGAGUGAUUUCUUAAUUUUAUAAAAUGGAAUGAGUAUACGCUUUGGAUACUACAAUGAUUAUAAAACAUUCUUUGGUUAUAUUAAGGAAGAGAAUUGCUAAAAAGGAUUUAGCUUUAAUCGUGUUGACAAAUAUUGCCUCAGAUGCUUUGUGAAGUAUCACAAUACUAUGCUUAUUCCAUGCAGUCAUUAAGUUUAUUGCAAGGAUUGCAUUAAAUUACAUUGUGAAAAUUUAUAGAAAGUUUGUCCUGAGUGUAAAAAUGAUUAUUGGGAUUAUGUAGAAAUAUUUUAAUGA